GGGCUAGUUGUGUGAGAGGCUGGUCUUUUUCGCUUCGUUUCUUCUUUGCAUCUUUAUAGCAGUAAACACCCUUGGCAGCAUGCUUGGAAAUCUGUGACAGCAACUUGACAAUCAACGGUAGCAUGAAAUCUGAAACAAACUGAUUAUUCUGUUGAUUCUGCCAAUUAUUCUCCUGGAAGUUCGCAACAAACCAACAACCUUACUGCAGUUGUGGAAAUAACCACUCAAUCUUAUCCAGAGAUUUACUCCAACAACUUUCAACUAUGAAAUAUCUGCCAACAUGGAUGACACAUGAGGCAUAAUGACUGGAAUAGCCUUACAUAUGAAUGCCUUUAUUGGUGGUUAUGCUUCAACGAAAAUAGUCAAAGCCAUAGGGGUAGUACAGUCAUUCAAGAUAUACGGCAUUGUUGUUCGAAUUGGAGUGGUGAACUGAAGAUAACAUCUCAAGUUCUGAAUUCCUCAUCUCUGGUUUUUCCAAGAUUUUCUUGUCUCUCAAACAAAUUAUGUUUGGAUAGAAAAUCUUGGAUUGGUUAACAAAGACAUGGCAGCUACCCUGAUUUUCCCUUCUCUUGCCUCUACCCCUUUCUUGAAUAUUAAGAACUCCAGGCUAUGCUGCUUUGCUUCAUCUCAUACCUCCCCAAAAUCAAAAUUGAGAACCUCCAAGAUCAGAGCUCUCAAAGAAGAAACAGAGCAAGUUACAAACCCAUCUUCAUCUUCAUCUUCUUCUUCUUCUGCUGAGGAGAUUACAAAGAAAUAUGGUCUUGAAGCUGGUCUCUGGAAGAUAUUCAGGUCCAAGGAGGAAGGAAAGGAAGAAGGUGAGAAAAAGAAGUCAAAGGGAGACCAAGCCAAGGAGCUGCUAGCCAAAUAUGGAGGAGCAUACCUGGCCACUUCCAUUACUCUCUCCUUGAUCUCAUUCGCACUUUGCUAUGCAUUAAUUAGCGCCGGAGUUGAUGUUCAAGCAUUGCUGCAAAAGGUUGGAAUUUCGGCGAAUGAGACCGAGGAGAAAGUUGGGACAUUUGCUUUGGCAUAUGCCGCACACAAGGCUGCAUCUCCGAUAAGGUUCCCUCCAACUGUGGCACUUACUCCCAUUGUUGCAAGUUGGAUAGGAAAGAAGGUUGAGAAAGAAAAGUAGAUUGUCUGGAGACUUCCAACUUCAUUUCCCUGUUUCACAUAAUUGUAUAACUAUGCUUCCCUUUUCUCUGUGAUAUCUCCACUGGAGAUGAGAAUUUUCGUGUUAGCUCCUGAUCAGUUCCUAAGGAAUGUUUAACAGAUGAAGAGGAGAGAACUUCUUAGAAGCACCUACCAUUUGUUCAGGCAGUAGAACUAAUUAGCUUCUAUAAUUCUAGUACCAAACUUUGCAUAAUGUAGUCGAUAGAUAAAGUACAUCAUCUCAU